CCCCCCGACACUGGCUUCUUCCUGCUGGGUGGCCUGUGCAUGAUGUGGGGUGGUGCCUCCUACGUGGUGGGCCUGGCAUCGCUGCGGGAACCUAUGCAGCUCUCGCUGGGGGGUGCAGCUGCAGGCGUGGGUGCCGUGCUGGCCGCGGGCCUGCUCUGGUCCUGUGCUGUCGGCCUCUACAUGGACCAGCUGGAGCUGGACGUGGAACUGGUGCCUGAGGACGAUGGCACGGCCGCUGCGGAAGGCCCGGACGAAGCGGGACGACCACGCCCGGAGUGAGUAGCAGGGCCCAGGGGAAGGAGCAAGGACCUGAGGCCUGAGGCCGCUUCAGACUGGCCAGGGUCCAAGGACCAGGACAUUAAAACCUGACCCUUCCCUCC